CUUUGUUAGUCGUCGUUCACCUCUUGACACUCAACCUCCAACACAUUCACCACCAUUACCUACCGCAGUCGAAGAAAUGACCAUCUCACUUUCACUUUUAUUUCCUCACCUAUACACAAACAAAUCUUCGACCCAACAACGCCCGACCGUCCGCAACUCACGACCUUCGAUACAUAAACCGCCACCAACGAAGUGCCGCUAAGCCUCAGGAGCCUUGCCCCCAAUACGUCUCUGUCAGUGACUGUCCGACUGUCCUGCUAGGACCGUUCCUAUCGUCUACAUCGUCUAUAUCAAGUACUCUUCACCUCCUUCGACUGCGUCAGAGACCGCUUAUUUAUCAGGCCCAGCAUGUCGAGUUUGACCCCGCAGAUGGCCCGUCGCCAUCGCCACAACCAGAGUGCCGACGUCUCGUCAUCUGGAGAGGCACCUCGCAAUCCACAAAGCCCUCACUUCUACAACAAUCAAGUCCAUGCAGACAACUCACGCUCUUCGACAAACUACGGACAACCAACUACCCCGCCCAGAACGCCGCAGAAGGCCCCAAACGGCAAGUCCGACAAGACUCCAGGGGCCAAUAUGGGUCCUGGCAGUGCGAAACCUAAAUCUAGAGGCAAUAACCGUGCAAAGAACACUGCAGUCACUCCCGCUGCCGCGAGGGCGAAGCCGAUCCAACCUACUGGGCACCCGUCGUCAGUGUCUAAACCCAUCUCAACACCGAAUGCGGCGGCUUAUGCGGGCCCAACCUUCCACGCCUCCCCAGCACCAUCAGCUUUGCCUAUGCCUAGCUUCUUCUCCAAGUCGGUUCCUGAAUCACCAAGCAUCAAGAUUUCCGAUUCGAGGGCCGACGAGACCAAUUCCAGCUCCAGUGACUCAUCACCCCCUCCUAUUAUCAAGGCUCGGAUCGCUGCACAAGGUCAAAAGGAGUCUCCAUUAGACUUCUUCUUCAACGCAGAUAGGGAAGAGAAGGCUAGAGCUCGCAGUGCCAAUUCAGCUGUGGGACCAUUUCAGCCUCCAGCUGGUCCACCGCCAAAUGACUAUAGAACACCUGCCGCGAAUAACCAAGGUCGCAACAACAACCCCAAAUUUCAAGGUGGCUCCGCUAGUAGCAUGUUUGCUAUGGAAUUAGAUGGCACUCCUGGGAAGCCAUACGGCCCCGCCUUCUCCACGCCUUACAGCGAGCGAAUCAACGCUGCGCGAUCAACUCCAUCUCUUGUUAAUUCACCAUCUGCAAGUACAUCUGAUCAGCAAAAGACCACGGACCGCUCAGAAGCUCUGAAAUCAUUUUUAUUCUCCGGCCAAAAGCCGCCAGCAUACGCGAAUGGUCGUGUACCUGAACCCCCUUUUCCAGGGCAGCAAUCGCCGACUCCCAACCGCACGGCCGUUCACCAAACUUCCCCAUCUGGGCCCCGGAACAAUUCAUAUUCUUCUCCCCAGCAGCAUCGCCAGAACGGGUUCCCUUAUAUCAACGAUGGCUCCGCAUACGGCAGCGCAACCAGGAAUACCCCUCGCACUUCCGGGCUUCGUCAAGAAGUUACGCCCACUAAGACGCCUCCGGAGAGGAUGGAUAACUCGAUCUUCCAGAACUCCCCGUCAUAUAAUUUCAAAGAGAACUCCGCUCGCCGCCAAGUCGCAGGCAGCAACCUCGUCUUUAACAACCAGGCACCACCGCCUCCCAACGCGGCCGCGUCACCAUCUGUAUCUACACCAUCAUCGCACAUCAAUAACUCGGACAUACGAACCAUGGAGGACAGCCUCCGCCGCAUCCUCAAACUGGAACCCUCAGCUUCAGGCUCGGGGGUCCCGGUCGCAUCUGCGUCAAGCCCGCAUUAUUAGAACGUGUGUGUGCUGUGCAGUCGGCUCCUGUUUUCUGCGGGUGGGGGCCCAAUAGGCAGGCGUUUUUUUAUGGAAUCAAACUUACUUACUUACUUUGCAUGUCGAACCACGAUCAUAUGAUAGAGAAGGGGUGGGCGGAUUGGGUGCG